AUGAGGGAGGUGAGAGUUGAGCACGAUGGUUUUACGCUUCCGAUCGUUAAUCAAGUCACUAUGUCGAUUUGGGUUGAUGUAGCCUAUGCGGGAAUGGUUCACUGUGUUGGAAUUAGAAUGGGGUUUAGUUCUGAUUUGUAUUUCUGUAAUACCAUGAUGGAGGUUUAUGGAAAAUGUGGGUGUAUGGUUUCUGCUCGUGACGUAUUUGAUGAAAUGCCUAACAGAGACUUGGUUUCUUGGACAUCGAUGAUUUCAGCAUAUGUUAACGGUGGUGAUGUAUUUUGUGCUUUGGAUAUUUUUGAGGGAAUGAGAAGGGAGUUGGAGCCGAACUCGGUGACAGUAAUGGUGAUGCUGCAAGCUUGUUGUGCGACUCAAUAUUUGGUUCUGGGAAGGCUGCUUCAAUGUUAUGUGGUUAAGAAUGGUUUAUUGUUUGAUACACAUCUGCAGAAUUCGUUCUUGCGAAUGUAUAGUCGACUGGGUAGGCAGGAUGAAUUUGGGGUUGUGGACAUCUUAAACAAAAUCAUGGGUGAAGUUCCUCUCAGCAUCGAGACAUUAACCAUACUAAUAUCAGGAAUUGCAACAUCUGAUUCCAGGUGUCUGAUGCUAGGUGAAAAUCUACAUUCCUUGGCAAUUAAAAGUGGUCUUUAUGAUGGUAUUCUGUGUACUUCUUUGUUGGGUAUGUACGCCAAGUUUGGUGAGUUGGAAAAUUCAACUAGCUUGUUUAAGGAAAUCCCCAAUAGAAGCAUUGUUACUUGGGGGGCCAUGAUGUCUAGUUUUAUUCAGAAUGGACAUUUUGAUGAUGCAGUUGAUAUCUUCAAGCAAAUGCAAGUUGCUGGCUUGAAACCCAGUGUUGGAAUUUUGAAACACUUAAUUGAUGCUUAUGCCUUUUUGGGUGCUCUGCAGUUGGGGAAAGCAAUACAUUGUUGCCUCAUUCGAAUCUAUGGAUUUGUGGUAUGUAAUACACGCUUAGAAACAUCUGUCCUGAACAUGUAUGUAAGAUGUGGGAGCAUUGCUUCUGCCAGGAAAUGCUUUGACUUGAUCAUAAUUAAAGAUGUUGUUGCGUGGACUUCCAUGAUUGAGGGAUAUUGUCACUCUGGCCUUGUUAGUGAGGGCUGUGAAAUCUUUUAUUCAAUGAGGUCAAGGUUCAACAUUAAGCCUGAUUUAGAACACUACACUUGUUUUGUUGAUCUUUUGAGUAGAUCAACAAGAGUAAGAGAGGCGUUUGCAAUUAUAUUGAGAAUGACAAGUCUCUGUGAUGGCAGGAUUUGGGGUGCUCUUAUGGGUGCCUGCCGGGUGUAUGGAGAUAAUAAAAUAGCUAACUAUGCUGCACACAGGCUUCUUGAAUUAGAACCUGACAAUGUAGGGUAUUAUACAUUGUUGAGCAAUUCACAGGCCAGUGUUGGGCAGUGGCAUGAAGCCGAAAAGUUACGUAGCCUUGUGUACGAGAAAGAUCUUGUGAAGAAACCAGGUUGGAGCUUCAUUGAGUUAAAUGGGACAAUUCAUGGGUUUGUUUCAGGAGAUAGAUCACACAAUAGGACCAAUGAGAUUUAUGAUGUAUUGUUUGAUGAGAUUGAUUUUCACGUGUCCAUUCUUGGUGGUAAAGUGGAAAGUUUUCCCUUCAACUACUUGGGAUUUCCCAUCGGGGGAAAGCAUGGUGCUAAGGUGGUGAAGGAAGCUCUUGAGGAGGAGUUUAAGUUGAUUGAGAAAUGGCGUGGCUUGGUUGUCUCCAAAGGUUGUAGGAUAACUCUUGAUCUGUCGGUACUUGUUAACUGGCCACCAACGUUGUCAAUUGGAAAUGGAGCUGUCCCCAAACGAUCUACGGGGUGA